CUUUGGUUGUUGCCAACGUUAUUUGCCGCCAAGUCCUCGAAAGCAGAACUGCAUGCAAUGUUAUCUUUUUAAUGCAACGUAUAGCUAGGGUAGGGAAAUACAUGAUGUCUUCAGUGACUUCUGUCGGCACGCAGGCGGGCAUUUUUGACACCCGUGUUGUUGCCAGCUAUAUUUUAGAUUUGCUGAAGAAAUGUCACGAAAUUCACGAGCUUUUCAAGAAGAGUACAGAAGAAUUGCAAGAAGGGCGUGAAAAUAUAGUUCAACGUGAGCAGAUGGUAGUUAAAAUGCAGACGACAGUAAAUGCAUUUAGUGAAACGAUGGAUAAUCUUGGUGUACGUUUGCUGCAAGGAAACAUCGCUGCGCAUCAGAGGAACGCUCACAUUGAUAAGUUGAGAAAGGAUAUAGCUGAAAUGACUGAAUGCAUGGAGAAUGCUGAAAGACCAGACCAGAGGAACAAACAGCAAAAGGAGGAACGUCUGCAGGAAAUCAAAAUGAAUCGAGUAAAGCUAGAGCAGCAGUUGCGUAAAGUUAACGCUGACAUCGACAGCGCGUAUGAAGAAAUGUUUGAGACACAGGAAAAACUUACCUCCUUGAAGGAUGCGCGUGAGUUGAGGCGGGAGGCGGAGAACGAGCAUAUUGCUACGAUAAAGAACAAGGCCACAAAUACUAAGGACAGGAAGCGUGAUAUUCUCACAGUAGUUGAUGGAAACGCAUUUGACAUGUCUGAAAUGUACGUCAGUCCCACGGCGUUCGCAGUGCUAGAAGCUGACAUAGAAACGUUGAAACACCAGCAGAAACAGGUUGACAGACAUAUACAGAUGCAGAUGGAAGAACGUGCAUAUUUGCGCGAUGUUGCUAACUCCAUUAUUCAGAGGGUUUUUGAACUUGAGAAAAAGGUCAGAAAAGAAACCGGUGAUCAUGGCUGGGAGUCGGCACUUACUUCAGAGCCUAAUUGGCAGCAGGAUAUGUCAGCACCAAGUAUUUGGCAUACUUCGCCGCCCCUGUCCGUAGAACAGUUGAAACGAUUGCAAGAAAGCCAUUACCAGCAUUACACGCAUGCGCAUGCAAUCUGCGACCGAGAAGAAACCGAAGCUACAACCGGUGAAACAUCAGAUGAUAUUGUUGUGAUAGACAUUAAAAACGAAGAGGGGUCAGAAUAAAUAAAAUUUCUUUUUA